UCUUCACACGGCACAGAAGAUUCACCCUCCACUCACUUCACGACGCGCCUCGAUUCCCGAGAAAAUCAAAUCCAACCCCAAUUCUCCGAUUCCCAACAAACGGAAAACAAAAAGAAACACAUAUGGAAUCCCGGAAAUUGGCCGCUUUACUCUCCUCCUUAAGCUCCGAACUCCUCCUACUACUACUCCUCAUCUUCCCUUCCUCCACUCCACUCUCCCUAUCUUCUAAUUCCAAUUCCAAUUCCAAUUCCAAUGCAAAGAUUUUCCCUCUCCUCCACCAUUUCCUCUCCUCGCAAGGAAUCGCCGCCUCCCUCUCACUCCUCUCGAUUUCUCGGAAACGCAAGCGAACCCAUUUGCCAGAACCAGAUUCUGGACCGACCCAUGACGAAGAAGACCCUCAACUCGGACAUCGACUCGACCUGACUCGGACUCCCGACUCGUUCAAGAACUGCUUCAGGAUGACCUCCUCGACCUUCGAAUGGCUCUCCGGCUUGCUCGAACCGUUGCUGGAGUGCCGUGACCCGGCCGGUUCACCCUUGAACCUCUCCGCUGAGCGCCGGCUCGGUAUCGGCCUGUUUCGGUUAGCCACCGGCGCGGACUACCCCGAAAUCUCCAAGCAGCUCGGUGUCUCGGAGUCCGUAGCGAAAUUCUGCACCAAGCAAUUGUGCCGUGUCUUGUGCACCGAUUUCCGAUUCUGGGUCACUUUCCCUACGCCGAACGAGCUCGAAUCAGUGUCCACCGCCUUCCAAAGCCUUACCGGAUUGCCAAAUUGCUGUGGUGUGCUUGAUUGUGCAAGGUUCAAGAUUGUCAACAAAAAUCAUGAGUCCAAGUUACCAAAUGACGUAGUUCAAGAAGACAGCAUUGCUGCUCAAAUAGUCGCCGAUUCGACAUCAAAAAUUUUGAGCAUUGUCGUCGGGUUUCGAGGCAAUAAGGGCGACUAUAAGGUUCUAAAGUCGUCAACUUUGUAUAAGGAUAUUGAAGAAGAAAGGUUAUUGAAUUCACUUCCGGCGAAUGUAAAUGGGGUGGCUGUAAAUCAGUAUUUGGUUGGACAUGGUGAGUACCCUUUGCUUCCUUGGUUGAUGGUGCCUUUUGUGGACGCUGUGCCGGGUUCUUGUGAAGACAAUUUCAACAGGGCGCAUAGCUCGAUGCGCUUUCCGGCGCUUAGAACCAUUGUCAGCCUGAAGAGUUGGGGCGUUUUGAGCAGGCCGAUAGAGGAGGAGUUCAAGAUUGCGGUUGCUUAUAUUGGUGCUUGUUCGAUGCUUCACAAUGCGCUGCUAAUGAGGGAGGACUACACGGCAUUGUCGGAUGAGUUGGGGGAUUCUGAUCAGGGCACUCACUAUGAUGGCCGGGAUGGUGGACUGGAGGAGAUUUUGGUUGAGAACAAGUCUUAUGUUAUAAGAAGUGCAUUAGCUACGAGGGCAAAAGAGUUUCGUGAUUAAGAUUUCUUUCUGUGAAUCUUAGUGCUUUGGUGCAGUUUGGAAACCAAUUAUAGGAUUCUGCUUCUUGUGGAUUUUCGAAGGAGGUAGCUGACCCAGUUCUGGUCAACAUUUUUGAGAUAGGUAAUCAUUUUUUUUUUUUGGGUAAAAUAAUCAUAGAAUUUCUAGAAUUUUGCCCUCAUGUUGCUCCAAUUUCUUUUAUUUGCAAGCCAAUUGAUUUUUGAAGAUGUAUUUACUUCAGCAUCUUUUGUAAUUAUCAAAGUGCAAAGCAGGGGAACUUUUUGUUUAUCUCAAUACUGUAAAAAUACACUAUCUGUUGGACGCAGUUAGGUACUUAUCAAUUAAUUGAAAGCU